AUGUCAGGGAUUGCGUUCCGUGUGCCUCUUACCGGCGAGGAAAAGCAAGCGUUUUCGCAACACUUUACCCGGCUAGAUGAUGAACAACUGGGAAUUGUAACUGGCGAGGCUCUAAGGCCAUUAUUCAGCCAAUCUGGGUUGACAGCGCAGCAAUUGUCGCAGAUAUGGACAAUAUGUGAUACAGAGAAUGCAGGGUUCUUGAAAGAAGAUCAGUUUUACGCAGCCAUGCGGAUGAUUGCCCAUCUACAACAAAAUCCUAGUGCGCCAAUUACCUUGGAAUUGUACCAAACCCCUGCGUCCAAACUACCGGUUUUCAACCAACAGGCAGGAGUACAGUCAUCGGGAGCAGGUACUGGUGCCGCUCCACCAGCCACAGUUCAAAGGAAUGGUUCUGUUAUGAACAGAUCCGUAAGCAAGACCAACACGGGAUCACCAUCUACAUAUGCGGUUAUCCCCGUGUGUACACCCCAUGAUUAUGCGAAGUUUUCGCAAUUGUUCGACAGAUCUACCGAUGGAUCUGGUGUGUUGGCUGGUAACAAGGCUAGAGAAAUAUUCAUUAAGGCAAAGUUGCCAACUCAAACCUUGGGUGCUAUCUGGGGUUUGUGUGACAGAAACAACAGUGGUAGUCUUGAUAAAAUUGAGUUUGUCAUGGCCAUGCAUUUGAUCCAAUUGACUUUGCAACAGAAUCCAGCAGUUCAGAAUUUGCCUUCCGUCUUGCCAAACUACUUGUGGAACUCCUUGACCAGUACAGCAUCCUCUUCCAUGACUCCGUUGAGCGCUAACAACACAGGUUUUUCGUUUAGCUCGGGUAACGGAUCGGUCGUAAGGCACUCAUCCAUUGCUAGAAAACCUUCUUUGUCAAGGCUUCCCUCCGGAACCUUUUCUAAUGCAGCUGUUGAUUGGACCUUGACCCCUGAGAAGAAGCAGCAAUUCGACGCUAUAUUCGAUUCUUUGGACAAGGAGAAAAAGGGUUCCUUGGGCUCUAACGUCUUGGUCCCAUUCUUUUUGACUUCCAAGCUAGGACAAGAUGUCUUGGCAACAGUGUGGGAUUUGGCAGAUAUUCACAACAGUCCUGUAUUUACUAAGGUUGAAUUCGCCAUUGCAAUGUUCUUGAUCCAAAAGAAAAAUGCGGGUAUAGACUUGCCAGAUGUUGUCCCAGACCAAUUGUUACACUCCCCAGCUUUGGGUUUGUACCAAAACAAUCAACAGCAACAACAGCAACAACCAGCUCCAAGAAGCCCUAUUGCUCUACCAAAAUCUAACGAAGCCGCGCCUGCAUACCAGAAUUUACCCGCUCCAGUUCAAGUUCAGAAAACUAGCAGUAGCGCUUUAGAUGAUUUGCUGGGUCUAAAUGAGUCAUUCACUCCUCCACCACAACAAGCUCAACUCCAAUCGCAGCCACAAUCACCUCCUCCUCCCCCAGCUCAUGCUCCUUCAAACAUGAGAAAAUUCAGACCUACUUCUACGUUUGGGCAAACUAUGAUUCCAGAAGAAUCCAAUCCUUCUCAAGAGCCGGAGCAGCAACAGCAACAGCAACAAUUUGCGCAAAGUAACUUUUCACGUUCAACAAAUGCUCCUCCACCACCUCCUUCCAAGCGUAAUUCUUCUUUGCCAAACGUUCCAAACUUUACCGGUACCAUUGGCUCCUCAGGCUCAAGUGCUGCCGCUUCAACACCGGGUACCGUUGGAACAAAUAGAUCUAUCAUUCCAAAUGUAAGCUCGUCUGCACCUCCAUCAUCUCUUUCUCAAGCUACUACAGAGUUAGCAAACCUAUCGACUCAGGUAAGCUCAUUGACUACUCAAGCAACUAAGGUACACGGUGAGAAAACAGCUGCACAAAACGAACUUACACGUAUUACCAAUAUGAAGGCUUCGAUCGAAAGCAAGUUAGUUACUCUUCGUGCCUCGUACGAUGCUGAGGUUCGCCAAACAGAAGAGAUCCAAACUCAGUUGAAUUCUCUCCGCCAAGAAAAUGAAUCUCUAAAACAACAAACUGCAGUAGCUGAGGCAAACUACCAUGCUGCACAGGCCCAAAAUGAAGAUCUCCAAAGACAAUUGCAAGAAGCCCAGGAAGAAGAUAGGCAGUUAAAAGAAAGAUUGGCACAAUUUAACACUUUGACAGCCGAAUUGCAAGAGAAACUCUCUCAAACCCAAGAAAAUGUUAAGGUAGAAAAAUCCAGAGUUGAUGUUCAUGCUAAGCAACUAGAAGUAGCGGAGGUGACAUCAAGUAAUCUCCAAGAGGAGAUUCAAGCUCUUGAACAAACCUUGGGUGUUUAUCUGUCGAAGCAUAAAGAAUUGAAUGACUACAAGGCCACAAUUGAAGCUCAACAUGCUGAGAUGCAAAACAAACAUCAGGCGUACCUGGCCAAGUCUGAGGAGAUUCAGGCCAGAGAAGCUGAAGUUCAAGCAAGGACCGCAGAAGUUGAAAAGCAAGAGCAACUGUAUCGUGAACAAGUCGCACAAUUACAACAAAUGUUUGAUGAUUUGCAGAAAAAGAAGGCAGAAUUUGAUGCAGUUAAUUCUGAUUUCGAGAAACAACAGUAUGACUAUGCAGACAGAGUUCAAAAAUUCUCUGAGAGUCAAAUGAAAUUCGCCAUGGGUGAAAUUCCAGACGAUGAAUACACUAAUGAACUAUUACAACAAAAGAAAUCGACAGCACAAUCUACCGAGGGAGGAGAUGAUGAAGAGAAGCAGGAAAGUGUUUUCGACAAGGAUGUUCCAACUCCUGUUUCACAGACAGAACCAGACGAUGAAGAACGCAAUCAACAGCUACAAAAUGGUGAACUGCAUGAAGAUCAACAAGCAAAUCAACAAGGUACUGAAGAUGAAGUAGCUGCCGAGGCUAUGGCUGAUUCUUUCGAAGGAAGUUUGAACGAAUAUGGAAUCCCAAGGACAGGAUCUACUACCUCUUCUACCGCUAACAAUCCUCCCCAAUCAGUUAGGGAUGAGGUUGAUAGUGAACCAAAAGAAAAUGCAUUGCCAGAUAUUGACCAACAACUGGAGGAUGAAGAUGAAGAUGAUAACGUAGAGAGCGGUGAGAAAGAAGAGAAGAAGGAAGAUGCUCCUAAGGCCAUUUCUAACGAGCAACUUCCUGGUGGUUGGUCUACUGGUUCAACUUUAGAAAAAGAGGAAGCUUCUCAUUCCAACCCUGACUCUGGGUCUGGAUCUGAUUCUGAUUCUAUUAAGAAAACGCCAGUACUGGGUCCUCAAGACAAGAGUGCAUCUUCGGUGGGAAAGGACAGUAACCAAUUGCCUCAGAUUCAAAAUUUGACACUCGAUAAUGAUGAACUGUCGUCAAGUGAUGAGGACGAGCAAGAGAGGUUUGAAUCACCUGAAAAGAAUGUCCCAAGUAAAACUGACACUCCCGAAUUUGUGAAUCAGUUUGAACAUAUCUCUCAUCAAGACUUAGAUGACAACGUUUUCCACGAUGCAAGUUCGGUGAGACCAUUUAGUACUGCUGAGUCUACUAACGCUCCUGUGGGUAAUGACGAAUGGGAUGAGAUAUUUUCCGGUUUAGGAAAUAACACCAAUACAUCUCGGAGUGUAGGUAAUGGAGGUGCUGCUCCUUCUGCACCACCUGUGCAUUUGCAACACCCAAUGCCAAGCACAGGAUCUGUUCCUACUUCAGGCUCCAGCAAGCCUCCAAUUGACAGAGGAAUUGCUGUAACUCCAAAGUCUCUUGCUAUUGAAGAGCUAAGCAGUAUGGGUUUCUCUAAGGAAGAAGCCACUAAAGCUCUUGAAAAGUGUGACUGGGAUUUGGAUGAUGCCACGAAUCUACUACUUGAUGGUGCUUAG